AUGAAUGCAUUGAAUGCCAACAAAACAUAUGACUGUUGUUGUCAUCCAAACGCUUAUCACUUAAAAAACCUAAUGAAUUGCUAAGCAAUCUUUGACUGUCAUCCGCAUCGAUACUUCUUUCUCAAUGGCCAUGAAUUAUACACAUAUUUUAUACGAUUUGCUGUCAAACAACAAAUUGAAGACAAUCAUCGCAGCCAUAGUUAUACCAUAUUUGAUGAUCAAGUUAUACAAGAAUCGUACGAAGAAACGACUGAUGGCAGCGAAACCGUUAAAGAAUAAAGUGGUGGUCAUUACCGGCGCUUCAUCGGGACUCGGAAAAGCUAUGGCACAAGAAUUUUAUGUCUGCGGCGCUCAACUGGUUCUCACUUCGAGACGAGUCGAUGAACUUAACAAAGUGAAGAUGUGGCUAAUGGCUAACGAUAGCAACUCUAGUGAUGAACACUUGGAACCGAUUGUCAUGCCAUUAGAUCUAUCGAAACUCCAUGACAUUGAAUUAUACGCCAACGAUGUGCUGUCGAAAUGUGGUCAAAAAGUCGAUGUCAUCGUUAAUAAUGGUGGCAUUAGUUACAGAGGAAGUAUUGUCAAUACUAGUAUCGAUGUCGACAAUAAAGUAAUGCUUGUCAACUAUUUCGGACAAAUAGCACUUAUUAAAGCAUUCCUUCCGUCGAUGAUUGAGCAAAAUAAUGGAAAAAUAGUGGUCAUUAGCAGCGUUCAGGGACAGUUGGCAUUACCUUAUAGAUCGGCCUACACGGCCUCUAAACACGCACUGCAAGCCUUUUGCGACAGUCUUCGAGCAGAACUUGUUGACACAAACAUAUCAGUUUUAGUGGUCAGUCCCGGCUAUAUUAAAACCAAUCUGUCAUUAAAUGCCGUCACUGGUUCAGGUGAAUCGUAUGGCCAAAUGGAUGCCACGACAGCAUCCGGUGCUGAACCUCAAGACAUAGCCAAGUCUAUUGUCAACUCUUUAAUUAGUGACGACAAUCAGCUAAUAAUGUCGCCUAUAAUGCCAAAGAUUGCUAUUUGGAUCAGAUGUCUAUUUCCUGAUAUCUACUUUAAAUUAAUGUCCAAAAGAGCUAAAAAGGAAAGACACUUAUUUAUAAAAUGAAUUACAUUUUGAAUCAAGUCUUCAAUU